CGGGGGAGUAGACAAGCACGGAUGAGCGGCAAGCCGUGGGAAGAGACGCUUCGCUACAAGGGCGCGACCGAGGGCCGGACGCCCGACCAACCGCCAGACGCCAGCGCGACGCCACCUCCUGCGGCCGAAGCCAUGGAGGCGCCGCGCCCAGAAGCGUCGGCUAGCAGCGCAGCGGCGGCAUCGCGCAUUGAGCAGUUUCUCGCGUGGCGCGCACGCAAGGACGGGCUCGGCGCCAAGCCGCUGAUCACGGACGUACCGCUCAAGAUCAAGAGCUCGUUCAAGCCCGACGACCCGGCGGUCAUUCGCCGCAAGCACGACGACCGGCUCUCGGCGACCUACAAGGCGUUCUUGGCCGCCCAUGCGCCGCCGCCCGCCGAGGCCAACAACAACAACACUGCGGUCGACACGGAGGCGCCAUCGUCAAUCACGGCCACGUUCGAGAGCCCGCCCGUGCACGCACGAUCCAAGGGCAAGCGGACGCCCAAGGCACGACACAACUUGUUUGCUGCGCCGCGCAAGUCGGCGAAAGGCCGAGCGCACCUCCAGAGGAGCACGUCCAAGCCAUCGGCAUCGGACGCGUUCGACGACUUGCCGCCGACGCCACCGAGCCGCAAGAAGGUUGCGAUCAAGCUAAACUUUGACUCGCCCGAAGACGACAGCAGUGACGACAACAACCAACGCUCGGUUACCAGCGACGAAAGCCCGACUGCACUUUACAACGAUACGGACACGGAGACUGCGGGUCCUGUGCCAGAGCCUGUCUUGCCGCCUGUCUUGCCGCCGGUCGUGCACACCGUGGACAAGCCGGCGACGCCGUCCUUGCCUGCGACCGAGGCAUUUAGCACCGAGACGACGACCGCCUCCUUGCUCAAGGACGCACCGCGGCAACCAUCCUCCAUGUCGAUACGCGAGGUCCUUGCCCGCAUCCUGCUCUCGGUGCUGUGCCUUGGCCUUGGUGUUGUCUCGCUCCAGUACCAAGAACAGUGUGGCACCAUGUUGCGCAUGCGCGUCGAGCAGCUCUUUCACGAUGCGUCCGACGUCGCGCAGUAUGCUGUGGAGCUCAACACCAAAGCUUCGUCGGUCGCGUCCUCGACGCGUGCUCAGUUGGAUGCGUGGACGAGCGAGUGGACGUCAACGUCCACCGCGCUUGUCGAGCAGCAGGCGUCGGCGCGCGCCGAGAUCGUUGCCGUCAACGAGGCGACGGCGACUGAGAUCCACGCCGCCCUCGGCGCCGCCGUCGAGGCCUUCCGAGCGACCAUCACUGCGUCGGUGGAGGCGCAUGCGCGCGACGUGGCGACGCUCCCAGAGACACCGUCGCUGCCCGAGAUCGUCACGGCGAUCGCCCACGAGGUCGACACGAGUCGCGCCACGCUCCAGUCGGCUGUUAAGACGUACACAGACCGUGCACGCCACAGCGACGCUUUGGCCGACGAUAUGGCGCACUGGUCCAACCAAGUGCACGCACUGAAUGUGACGCUUCUCGCCGAGAAGGAAGUUAGGACGCAAGCGCCACCAACGCCGUCAGAGCCGCUGCCGUCGACGGCGUGGGAUGCCAACGACUACUACGUGCUGAGUGUUGUGCUGCUGUCGUCCCUCGUUGUGUAUGGCAUUUGGCGCCACUUUCUCGAGCCGGAUGCGCGCGCGAAUGACGACACAGACAACGUCAUGAACGGCGAUGACGACAAUGACGAUGACGGCGUUGUCUUUAUCCCCAAGCGAAGCAGUGUACCGACCACGUCGUCUUGCUCGUCCAUGGAGAGGACGCCACAAGUGUCGCGCGUGCCGGACGUGACGCCUGCCGACAUGGCGUCGCCGCAGCGUCUUCGCACGCUGCGGGCAAAUCGAUCGACGACGACGCAGAUGACGAUGGCCGUUCCCGAAUGAAACUACAUUUGGACCAUAGGACUACCGACACCUCGUAUCGAUGUACAGUCGUAUUUAGAUGUCUCUUGUCAGGGAGAUAUGCCAGCUUUAUGGAAUGUGCAGAGAACUACUCUGUGGUACGAUGCAGGAAGG